AUGGCCAUUGGUCCGCACGUCCUCAUGACGCACGCUGACGUCGCCGCCACCAGCAGCAACAGCUCAAAAGCUCCGAGCCUGGUUUCCCCCUCGCUGCUGCGGUCCCGCGCCCUCGAUUUUGUCACAUCCAAUAUUCUCACGAAAGCGCCAAAGGAGAGUAUUCCUGCGGUUGAGUCUCUGAUGCGUUACCUGUACAUGCAUGCGCCGGAGAGAGCGGAAGGGAGGGCGGCGGCGGUGGAAGCGGUUGUGAAGGUGUACGAAACGGUGGGGAGGAAGGAGAGGGAGGGUUUUUUUCUGUUCGUGGGGAAGCUGGCGAGGGUUGACAGAGCAGCCGCGAGGGUGAUGGCUGUGGAUUUGAGUGCUGCUCUGGUUGAACGGAUGGCGCUGAUGUGGGGGAGAGGGGAAGGGGGGGGAGGGAGUAUGGGGUUGGGGGCUAUGGAAGAGGGUGGUGCGGGUGGGAGUCGUGAUGCGGAAGGGGGGGAUCCGGGGAUUGGGAGGGGGAGUGGGGAGGCAGCCGGUGGGGAAGGAGGGAACGGGGCUGGGGGGGAGGGGGGAGAUGGAGAGGGCGACAAGGGGGAUGAAGUGAGUCUGAGUCAGGGGUCAGCUUCGGAAGGAGAUGCUCACAGUGGCAGGGAGAGUGGAAAUGGCACGGGGGUUGGGAAUGACAGCAGAGAGUCUGGGGAUAGCAGCGGGAAUGGAAACGUGAGAGACGUUCUGAUCAGCCGUGUUGGCGGCUGUUUGGAGCUCAUGUUCCGUAGGGCCUCGGACGCCAGUCCCACUGUACGCGCCCGAGCCCUUGUGGCGCUCACUGCGUCUCUUCGGAUUCUGAAAGGGCGCCCCUCGCUCCUGGACGCUGUACUUGCGGGUCAUGCUCAUGCCCAUGCUCCUGCUCACGCUCAUGCUCAUGCACAAGCCGAGCCUGGCGCCAGUGUGGGUGGUGGGUCCGGGCUGAGUGGGGAAUCGGAGCCUGGAGCGGCAUUGGGAGCUGGGUCGGGUGGGUCGGUUCUGAGUGUGGAGGAGGUGUUGGGAAUGGUGCGGAGGCGUUUGGAGGACGAGAAGGGGCUGGUGCGCAAGGCAGCGGUGGGGGCUCUGGAGGAGAUAGUGGGGUUGUCGAAGCUGCCGCUGAGGGAGGAACUGGUGGAUGCCAUUGGGGAGCUGUGCUCUGACUCGCUGCUGAGUGUCCGCAGGGUGGCUCUCACGGCAUUGUCCAAGUUGACAAUGUCCAACCCAGGCCACGUGUGGCUGCGAUCCAAGUGGCUGAAGUCCGCGCUGGUUCUCAUUCUCGACAACGAGGCCAGUGUGCAAGACCAGGCGCUAGACCUCCUCUCCUCCCUGCUCCUCCAACCCCUCGCCCUCAUCUCCGCGUCUCCCCGCCCCUCUUCUGCUUCGAGGAUGAGUCUGUGCAAGGAUAGGCCGCUGCACGUGUGUGUGGGGAGGAGGGGGGUGCCUCCUGCUCCGGUGUUGUGUGAAGGGGAGGGAGUGUGUGAGGUGUGUGGGCGGGCCGCUGGGGUGGAGGGUGCUGGAGCAGGAGGAGGAAAUGCAGCAGCAGGAGAAGCAAGAGCACCAGUAGUAGCUGAAGGGUCAGUGAGAAGUGCUGUGGCGUGGCUGAUGGCGGUUGGUCAAGGAAACUCGUCGGUGGUGCCGUUGCUGCACCGUGCGUGUGCGGUUCUGGCUCGGCGAAACGCGCUCAAUGCAAGGCUCGUGGAAGGGCUGCAGGCGGUGAUUGAAGCGGCCGAGGGAUGGCAGAACGCGCACCAGCAGCAGCAGCAGCAGCAGCAGCAGCAGCAGCUGAACGGGAAGGGGAGUUCAGUAGGAAAGGCAGCAGGUGUGAAGGGGAGCAGCCCCUGCAGGGUGUGGAGGUGGGUGGUGAGGGGUGCAUGGCUGUUACUGCUGGAAGUCACCUCCUUCUCGCCCCAGGGGGUCAGAUGGGAGUUUCUGAUUUCCAGAUGGAGGGACGGCAGGAAGCAGCAGGAAGCCGCCAACAGAAGUCAAGACGAAGCUGCUCGUCCCGAGCCAGUCUCUCCUGCACAUCCCGAACAGGAGAGAGAUGCACAGGUGUUGGACGGGCAGGAGAGAGAGGCACAGGUGUUGGACGGGCAGGAGAGAGAGGCGCAAGUGCAUGUGCUCAAGGCGCUCUGCAACGUUGCUGCACGGAUCCCAGGGGAGAAAGCUGCUGACGUGGCAGCAGGCCUGCUGCACAACCUGCGCAGCUUCCAGCUGUCCCCAGAAGAGGAGCUGCAGCGCAGUCCUCUCCCCUCGGUCCGCAACAACCUGUCAGUCAUUCCCACGGACCUCUGUGAGCUGCAGUGCAGUCCUCUCCCCUCGGUCCGCAACAACCUCAUCGUGAUUCUCACGGAGCUGCAGCGCAGCCCACUCCCCUCGGUGCGCAACAACCUGGUCAUCAUUCUCACGGACCUCUGUGUGCGCUACACAGCUCUCGUCGACCCACACGUGCCCUGCAUCUCCGCCUGCCUGCGCGACCCCUGCGAGCUCGUGAGGCGGCAGACGCUCGUGCUGCUGGCGGGGCUGCUGCAGAGGGACUAUGUGAAGUGGCGGGGGGCGCUGGUGCUGCGCGUGCUGCUGUGCCUUGUGGAUGAGUCGCAGGCGAUAAGAGAGGUGGCCCUUUAUCUCUUCACACACGUCGUUCCUCGGCUGCUGCAGAGGGACUACGUCAAGUGGCGGGGAGCGCUGGUGCUGCGUGUGCUGCUGUGCAUUGUGGAUGAGUCGCAGGCGAUAAGAGAGGUGGCUCUUUAUCUCUUCACACACGUCGUUCCUCGCCGUGUGCCCCUCGUGCCGUACAACAUAUUCAUCGAAGCCCUCUUUGCUCUCAACGCCUGCCCCUUCGCCCCCUCCUCCACCACCACCGCCCCGCCUCUCCCCUCCUCUGGCCUUCGCCCUUCCUCCUCCAGCCCUCCCAACCCUGCCUCAUCCAAACCUGGGUCAACCAAUCCUAGCUCGUCCAAAGCUGGCCCUUGCGAUCCAGCGCAACCCAACUGUCCCAAUUUAAGUUCUCCUGUCGAGGGCAUCCAUGAGGGAGACGGGUGGCCAGAGAAGAGAGGGGGGCGGAGUGGGAGGGGUGCAGGGGCAGGGAGGGAGGGCGUGGAUGAAGAGCUAGAGCGCUUCUCUUUGAGCGGCCCAUCUCGCCACGCGGCACGAACCACUGUGUACCGCACUCUACUCCGCCUCAUGGCUCGAGAGCACCAUCUCGCUCUCUCUGCCAAGCUCUGCCUACAGGUGCUCGCGCCCUUGCUAGAUGGCGCUCUGCCGCUCUUAUGCCCCUCGGUGAAAGCCAUGGUUCUCGCGCCCUUGCUGGACGGUGCCCUGCCGCUCUCCUGCCCCUCGGUGCAAGCCGUGGUGGGGGACGCCCUAGACGUGCUCUCUUGCAAGGAGAUGCGCCCAGGCUCAGGCAAGGCCGCAGCAGGUGCGGAGGAGGACGGGGAGGAAGAGGCAGGAGGAAGCGCAGGCGGGGUUGCAGGGGGAGGAGGUGGCAGUGGUGGCGGGAGGGCAGGAGGAGGAGCAGGAGGAGCAGGAGGAGGCGGAGGAGGAGGAGCGGGGGCGUUGGCGAAUGCUCUGAAAGGGCGGGUGGUAACGCAGCUGAUGAAGAAAAACCUGGUAGAGAACACCAUCCCUGUUCUGAUCGAGCUCAAGAGGCUGCUGGAGGCACAGACCAGCCCGCUGCAGGGGGCGCUGAUGGCGUGUCUGCGGUGCCUGUUCAAGGAGUAUAAGGAGGAGAUAGAGGACUUGCUAGCGGCGGAUCCUCAGCUGGGGAAAGAGCUUGUGUAUGACAUUCAGAAGCAUGAGUCUGCACGGGCCAGAGCUGCUGCUGCUGCCAGGGCUGCUGGUAGUGAUUCUGCUGCUGGUGGUGGUGGUCGUGUUGGUGCUGGUGGUGUUGGUGGUGGUGGUGGUAGUGGAGGUGAAGGUAAAGCUGCUGCCGCUGCUGCUGCUGCUGCGUCUACACCUGCUGCUGUGGCUGCUGGUGCUACUGGUGCUGCUGAAGCUCCUGAUGCUGCAGGGGUGAGAUUGACGAGGGAGGGGGGAGAGGUUGGCGGAAGGGGUUGUGAGAGUGAGGUGGAGAGGCGGAUGAGCGAAAGAGAGGAGGGAGAGAGUGAGGAGGCAUGCAUGCUUGGAAAGGGUCGAGGGGGAAGGGAUGGCCGGGGGAAGAAGAAAGGGGGUGUUAUGAAGGAGAAUGAUCAAUGUGCAUCAUUGGAGAAAGGGAGGGUUGGGAAAGGUAGGAAGGGAGAAGCAGCAGCGGAUGGUAGUCUGCAGGGAACAGAAGGAGGACGGAAGGGAGGAUGUGAGACCGAAUCUGCAGCCAGAGAAGGGAGGGAGAAGGGGUACAGAGGGAUGGUGCACGGUGAGGAGGGGCAGGUGAGGAGAGUGCAGAGGAGCAUGGGGGAGGAUCUGCCACCACGACGAGCCACCAGGCAGUCAGCAAGAGCCAAACGAUAG